AUGGCAAAUGGUGGCUCGGUGGGCACACCAACGCCUCAGUUUCCCACACAUAAUGCCCCUCGAGUUUGGCUCUUGACCUCAGGGGACUCUCCAGUUGGCAUAUCACUUGCACGUCAGGUGCUUGAUCACGGCGACUAUGUUGUCUCCGGCAUCAUUCAAGCCGAGUUCGAGAGUGAUGGGGCCCGAAGUCAGGAGUUCAAGAGGUUCCUGUCUCAGGUUGGACGCACACCUGGGAUGAAGGAGCGGUUAAAAGUUGUGGCUUUGGAUAUCAGGGCCGUUGGGCAAUGUCAGGCGGCUGUUGCAGAGGCCGUGCAUACCUUUGGAAAGAUCGACAUCCUCUUUUGCUGCACCAGUGAAGCAGUAGUUGGGACCGUCGAAGAGCUUUCGGCCAAUUCGCGAACCCUGACGCUGGUGCGCGAUCAGUUCGAGAAGAAUUUCUUUGGCCCCAUGAAUAUCAUAAAAGCUGUCAUACCUCAGAUGCGCUCGCAGAUGAACGGUCACAUCAUCGCCCUCACUGGCAUCACGGGUCACCUCGGAACACCAGGACUGAGCAUGUAUUGUGCGUCUGGAUGGGCAUUGGAAGGCUUUUGUGACAGUAUCGCCUAUGAGAUUGCACCCUUCAACAUCAAAUUGACCAUUGUUCAAGCCAGCGUCGAGAUCGGAAUCCUGACCAACAAGAUCACGUCAGCGCCCCCAAUGAAGGCUUAUACCCGAGAAUUCGGUCACACGGCUCCAAUAUUUCGAGGAAUCCUGGACGGACUACUGAAUCGCCUCCCUGGUAUUCGAGCCCAGUAUCCGCCUCCGCCGGAAACGGAAAUUCAGUCGCCUUCGUCAGAAGCGGAGAGGCAGAGCGGCCCUUACCUUCUUAGCCGUGACGAGGUAGUCAGCUUGUACCCUCCCCUCAGUCAUGCACACACAGAAAAAUUGAUUGCAGAGACUGUCCAUGCGUUGACAGCCAUUGGUGGUCAUGAAAAUCCGCCUGCCCGUCACAUCGUCGGGAUUGAAGGAGUAGCGAGCGUGAAAGAGAAGCUGAAAACGGUGAGCGAGGAACUGGAGGAAUUUGUUGACACUAGCGCAUCAGCCGAUAUUGCCGCUCGACAGGGGGCCAGUGGACCGGGGCGUGCAGCAAGUAUAGUAGACGUGGACAUCAAGGACCCUGAGAGUGACAUCUUCGAUGCUUCACUGGGGUUGAGAUAG